GGUUGAUUUGCGAGUGAGCUCGGAGUUUGUUCCGUGUACAGAAUUUGGUUUGUGUCUCGCAUUUCAUUGAAGAUCCUGAUAGAUCCGCAUUGUCUCCAUAAACUAACCAAUCACAGCGAGGCUGAUGUCAUGUUUGACAUUCUUUUUAACUGUCCAAUCAAGAACAAGACUUAUCCCUUAUCCCUCAUUAGCAUUGCUGACGUGAUCAGGCUAUAAAAAGCGAGCUCCGAGGCCGUUUUCGCUUAUUCUGUGUCUGAAAGUAAUCGUGACGAUGGUGGAUGAGAAGAAAGCGCAGGCAACUUCCAAGAAGGGCGCCAAGAAAAUCAUCAAGAAGGCGCCAGCGAAAGGCGGUAAGAAGAGGAGAAAGUCCAGGAAAGAAAGUUACGCCAUCUACAUCUAUAAAGUGAUGAAGCAGGUUCACCCCGACACCGGCAUCUCCUCCAAGGCGAUGAGCAUCAUGAACUCGUUCGUCAAGGAUAUUUUCGAGCGUAUCGCAGGGGAGGCUUCCCGCCUGGCCCAUUACAACAAGCGCAGCACCAUCAGCUCCCGGGAGAUCCAGACCGCGGUGCGGCUGCUGCUGCCCGGGGAGCUGGCCAAGCACGCCGUGUCGGAGGGUACAAAGGCGGUGACCAAGUACACCAGCUCCAAGUGAGACCCCACAUUGUGCUGAGAAAAACACAUCCAAAACCCAACGGCUCUUUUCAGAGCCACCCACAACUUCGCUGAAACAGCUGAACCAACUUUUUGCAAAUGAUUUUCGGUAUGUAUUAGUAAUGUCAGUCGGCUUUUUAAAAAUAACGUAAUUGUUUUAGAACUCGAUGUGUCAUCCCUCAUCUGCCCUUUAUUUUAGGUUGCAGCCAUACCCUGUCUCGUUUCCCUGUAUCUGCAAAGAGCAUAAUUAUCGCCAAUGAAUCAUUUAUCAACAACUUCCAUUUUUUUUUCCAAGUUCCUCUUUCACACUUGAUGACCCCGGGAAACAAAGUUAACAUCGAAUCCCAUGAAUAGAUUUUACAAUCUACUUGCUGUUCUGUUAAUCUUACAAUGAACCGAGAUAAAGCCAGAGCAGCUGCCGAAUUGCGAUAGCAAGUGUGAAAUUGUGCCUGACGACUGGUCAAGGACAACAGGGGAGGGCAACUUCAAGCUGUUGUUUAAAGUGUGAACGCGUUCACCCAAAAGGACAUUGUGCGAGGUUUAAUCAAUAUUCGGUGUGCACUUGAAAAGUGAAAUAAAAAUAUGCGCAGAAUGCGGUGCUCUUUUUUGCUAUUUCCGCUUGUUGCUAAAUUCAGAAAAUUCUAUUCAAGUGCAGAAAUGGACAGAUUCGAGUAGAAGAGAGAAUGCAAUACAGAAAAAUUGUGUAAAGUAUUCAUUUGCAAUGUCAGUGUGAGUGAGCUUAUACAGGAUUAAAUUAUUCACUCCUUUUCCUCUUUUGUGGGUUUGAGCAUUUUUCAAACUAAUCGCAGUGGGUUCUGAACCCUGAAAUCCCCCUGCAAUUUAAUUGCAAUUCAAUUCCAAAUCUCAGCGGGAUUUGUGAUUUUUGUUUUUUUCAAAAUGCAGUAUGUGGUGCUUUCUGCUGCCGAUGGGAGAAUUUCAAAGUGAUUCUUAACGAAACUAGAAUAGCUCCCGGACUCGCAUCGGCAAUGUGGAACUAUUGUGGAAGUCCAGUCGAGGGCAAUAGGAAAGGCGAUUUUAAAAAUAUUGUCCAAAGCAUUAAUACGCUCACCUGAAAAAAGGAGUAUUUUAUCAAUAUCAGUGAUAAUGGGAACUGCAGAUGCUGGAGAAUCCAAGAUAAUAAAAUGUGAAACUGGAUGAACAC